CAUGACCGGCCAGCGCAGCUGGGGAUACGGCCAGCAUGACGGACCUUCAGAGUGGCACAAAUCCUACCCUAUUGCCCAGGGGAGCCGCCAGUCCCCCAUUGACAUCGUUUCUGCCAGAGCAGUUUACGACCCAAACCUGAAGCCACUGAUCAUCUCCUACGAGUCAUGCACGUCCCUCAGCAUCUCCAACACUGGCCACUCAGUCAUGGUGGAGUUUGAAGAUACUGAUGACAAGGCAGCAAUCAGUGGUGGGCCCUUCCAGAACCCAUUUCGGCUGAAGCAGUUCCACUUUCACUGGGGCAGAACCCACAGCCAGGGCUCAGAGCACACGAUUGAUGGCAAACCUUUUCCCUGUGAGCUCCACUUAGUUCAUUGGAAUGGCAGAAAAUAUGCAACAUUUGGAGAAGCAGCAGCAGCUCCAGAUGGCCUGGCAGUAGUUGGUGUUUUCUUGGAGAUUGGGAAAGAACAUGCUGGUAUGAACAGACUCACUGAUGCUUUGUACAUGGUAAAAUUUAAAGGAACAAAAGCUCAGUUUGGAAACUUCAACCCUAAAUGUCUCCUGCCCUUGAGUCUUGAUUAUUGGACAUAUCUUGGCUCUCUGACAACACCACCCCUUAAUGAGAGUGUAACAUGGAUAGUGCUGAAAGAACCCAUCAGAAUUUCUGAGAAACAGCUGGAGAAGUUCCGGAUGCUCCUCUUCACCAGCGAGGAGGACCAGAGGGUCCAAAUGGCCAAUAAUUUCCGCCCCCCUCAGCCUCUCAAGGGCAGAGUUGUUCGAGCUUCCUUCAAGGCCUGAACAAAACUCAGAAUGGCCCCGGGAUAUCCAAGAGCUUCCACAUCUGACGUACUCUAAACAGAAACUCUGGUCCCCAGACCGCUCAUGGAACACACAGGACAAGCAUUUCCAUGCACACUCUGCUGGCAGGGGAACAAUCUGCUGGUUUUCUGCUUUAUUUGGAGUGCUCGUUCUUCUGAGAAAUGGGAUCUUUGUAACAAGCACUAUUUAGUACAAAGGAUAGCUGAGUAAACUAGAGUGUUGUCCAAGAGCUGAAACUCUAAAAAAAAUGAAAAUGCAAUUAAAAUCCAACUUGAUGUAAAAUGGGAAAUUACGUAGUGAUCUACUAUGGUCACAAUAAUGGUCUCAUUCAAUACAUGAGGAAACAGUAAUGAAGAAUUUGGGGUAAAUUUGACUUAAAUUUUCCUUACCAAUCUGUUGUAAGCAUUUGCUGAGCUCUGAUUUAAACAUUGCUUGCACUGUACUCUUGCUGUCUGCUGACAGAGUGCACAAGUAGCACUAGAGGAAAGUUCUUGCCUCGGGUAGGCACUGGUAUGAAAACUAGAUCUAUACGUUAAACUUACUGCUCUAAGAUCCUAUUUUAUAACUCACAGUACCAGUGUAAAUGCUGUGCUUGAAAGCAGGCCAUUUUAUUGCAGUGUUUAGCCCACAGAUCACACAGGGCUGUGCUGCCCUGCUCAGGUGGGGGAAGGGGACAUCUCCAGCAGUCCAGGUGUGUGCUCUGUGGUCCUAAACGGCUCCAAUUCUACCUCAGUUCAGUGCUGUGCUCUGCAGUGUGACCUCCUUUGUUGUCUGCCCUACAGAAAAGGGGUUUUGUUUACUUUAGGGACCCAGUGGGUAGGUCUGGACUGCACUGAGUGUGCACUGCUGCACAAAUCCCUUCCCUCUGGCUGGCAGGGAUCUCCCUGCACGCCCUCCUGAGUCCUUUUACCUCUCCAAAAGCAGGUUGCUUUAGAAAAGCCAUGUGUUGGUAUCACUGCUCUGCAGCUCAGUGACACAUCCAGGCUCUGGCACUAAAUAAUACUGGGAUGUGACCUGUGAUUACCCACAGUCUGC